AUGAGCUCGUACUGUGAGGUGUGCCGCGGCCUCUUUGACAUUCCCCACCACCACAGAGGCGAUGACGAUGACGGAGAUGCCCCUGUACGAGUUCCUGGCGCCGCCUCUCCCCUGGAGACGGCUGCUCCGCCGUCCACUGCGAUGCCGGGGUGUGGCCGCCGCGAUGGCCUGUCGGGCGGCGUCCCGUGUCCUCGUUGUGGCAGUUCACAGCCACCGCGUCUGGGAUCGACUUAUCGUCGAGCAUCGUCAUCGUUGCGCACCUCGCCGGCUGUUGGGCGGGAACGAAGCGGCUCGCGGCGGAGAACUCCGUCAACGCCGUCGGCAAGAGGCGUGGCACGGGACACCGCCUCCUCGCUGCUCCGCAUGAGUCCCUCUGUCCGCGCCAGCGCGUUGGUCCGCACCCCGAGCCCUGGCCGUUUUUUGCGGCCUCGCGGUGUGAGGGCAUCUACGACUCCUCGACAUCCGCGAAGCGGGCGGCGGUCCUCCAGUGCAGGCCACGUGGCUAAAGAACGCAUGACACGCCGCUGGAACCACCUGCAGGAGACACUAGAGCGCAUCCGUGAGGCGGUGCGGAAGGACGCUGCUGCUGUGGAGCGCCACGGCGACGGGGGAUGGUUGGCGGGGUUGGGGCAUUUGGACAACAACUGCAGCAACAGCAUUAAUACCGACGAAGUCGGCGUGGACGACGCCUCAUUGCAACCCGCUCUCUGCGGCUCCACAGGCCACCAGGACGCUGAAGUGCAGGACAUGGAGCACUGUCGCAGCUUCCCGUGCAGUAGUGGACUGAGUUUUGCCACGUCGCAGCGUUCUCUCCCUGCGGCCGACGCUCAACGUGAGGUCACCGAGACGCACGCUCACGCCGAGCAGGACAGCGCGUUCUUGCAGCCAUCCUCGCCGUCAUACGAGAGGUGUUCCUCCAUGCGACAGGGCCCGCCGCCGCCUCUGUCGAGUACCGUUUUUUCUCAGCCCCCGACAUCGGCUGUUGUGGCGCACGCGGCGGGCCCCGACAUCAUCCCUCCGUUGCGGAGUACAGCGGCACUUUCGGCGGAGAUGCGAACCUCUGAGACGCCGACGCCGACGUCGCCAGAGGGAGGGUGGCUUUACUCCUCCUCACUUGUGGGCCGCGGGACAAGGACGGGCGAUAGCGACGCCGCGGUGAGCCAUCUUGAGGCGCUUCGGGGGGGAUUUGUGGAGCUCUGCAGCGCCGUGCGGGAGGAUCUGCACGCCCUGCACACGCGCGUAAAUGGACUACAGCGCCAGCAGGCAGAAAUACAACAACAGCAGCAGCAGCAACAACAUCAACAACCGUCCAUGUCGGUGUGUCCGCCUGCUUGGCAGCUGGCGGGGAGUUCCCACGAGACGGCGGAGGCUACCGCGCGAGAGCCGCAGUUCCCCAUACCGUACGAAAAGCUCUUGGCUGAGCUGCAACAGUACACCGUUUUGACCGUUCAUAAGGUCCUUCAGCAGCAGCAACAACAGCGACAAGAACAAAAAGAACCUUAUUUUAAUCCUUACGGAUAUGCUCAAGCGCCGCCAGAGGCGAUGCCCUUCUCUUCAUCUCAUUCACAGCCAACGACGCAGCCGCUGCCGCAGUGGAGUUCGGUGGCUGUGGGUGAUAUGUAUGGUUUGUUGCCAGAGGCGUUUGACGCCCACGUGCGUUCCGCUGUUCGCUUCAUCCUGCAGGAGGACAGCUUCCGGCGCGAUACGGAGGAUGUUCUCGCACAGCAGAGGGCCCAACGACGCGACCUCAAGGCGUCGCGGCGAGAGUGCAAGCGUCACUGCGCCGCAUUGGAGGAGCAGCUUGCCGCGAUUGCAGAGACCGUGGACUCAACACGGUUGGAUGUGGAGGAGCUGAGGCUGCAGACUCUACCGCCGCCACCACCUCCUCCAGCAGCGACGGCGUCUGCACCGUUGCCGCAGCCUCCCUUAGUGCCACUCACGAGUGGGGCGGAACCUUACGCUGCUGUCCGCGCGGCGACUACCACCAACGCGGUGCCGGCGGUGUGGGAGGAUCGGUUAGUGCAGCGCGUUGAGCGACUUAUCGCAGACUCUGAGGAGCGUUGCUUGCAGCGUGUUCGCGGGGAAGUCAUGCGGCCCGUGCUGGGGCAUGUGCGGCGGUUGAUGUCGGCUCAUCAAUCUAUGAUUGAGACCAUCGUGGAGAGUCGCUGUGCGCAGUUUGAGGCCUACGUUGACCGUAGUCGUCAUGGGUGGGAGGUACAGCUGGCGGGGCUGCGCUCGCGCGUCGGCUCACUUCGUGGCGACAUGCAUCGCGCUUUGAGGGACCUCUGUGAGAGCCUCAACGUGGCUUGCCCCGGCCUUUGA